AUGACUAUGGCUGCCACCCUGACCUGUGCCUCGGCUGCCCCUGGCUCUGACGAGCUCCUCACCGCCAUGACCGGUGCCAUCCCCAGCGCCAUGGAUGCUGCCAGCUACAAGGAGCACUUUACCAAGAUCCGUGAGAUGCAGACCAAGGCGCUGGAGCAGAUCGCGGCCAUGGGCAAGUGGUCGCUGCAGCGGCAGGUUCUGGGCAAGCCGCUGGAGCACAUCAAGGCCAAGUUGACUGAGGGCAAGGAGGCAUACAUGGCCCUUGUGGCUUCUGUCGAUCCGUCGGCGUCGGCAGAGACGCUCGAGCUCGACGACGAGGGCAAGACCAACCAGUUCAAGGCCUUCUCGGCCACCAUCGAGAACGUCAUCUUCCUCUCUGAGACGCUGCUUCGCUUCCCGGCUUCCCGCCGGCUCAUGGACAAGGAGACCGAAGGGCUGUUCUUCUGGGCCUAUGCCUAUGCCACUCAGGCUGCCAUCGGUGACGAGAACCUCGAUGUCCUCCUCAACUCGGCCAAGCAGGUCAUGGAGCUGGACAUUGACGCCAUCCCCAACCCCGACGACAACGCCUCGGGCACCAAUGUUCCUGCUAGUGACUCGCCUUCGCCUGCCAAAAAGAAGAAGCGGGCCAAGAAGACCAAGGCCGAGAAGGCUGCCGAGAUCCGCAAGCGCAAGCUCCGCCGCCGCUCCUAACCCUUAACCCCACAACAGCACCCAACCCAACCCAGCCCAACCCAACCCAACUCGACUCCCCCUCAUUUCCCCCCAUCUAACAUCCAUCCCAC